AUGAUGUUUAUUCAUCUGGCCUGCAAGAAGCUUAUCAACACCUACUUCUUCGAAUGUGCCAUUUCCAUUGUGAUUGUGGCCAAUUCUGCAUUGAUUGGAGUGGAAAGCCAGCUGGCCACGCACGGCGAAUCCGUGGAGUGGGCGGAUUUGGCGGAGAUCGGCUUCAUGGGCACCUACAUCCUUGAGCUCAUCGUGCGAGCGAUUGCUCUCCGGUGGUCUGCUCUGCGCGAUGGCUGGUUCCUUUUUGACUUCGGUUUGGUCAUGAUCGCAAUUCUGGAACAAGUCCUGUCGGUGGCCGUCGCUGGAUCAGCCGGUCAGCAGAUCAUGAUCCUCCGGCUUCUGCGACUCUUUCGCCUCGUUCGGACAUUUCGGAUGAUCAAACAGAUCCGUUCCAUUUGGCGCCUCGUUUAUGGGCUCAUGAACUCCAGCGAAACGAUGGUCGCCGCCUUUGCCCUGCUUGGCCUCGUGCUGUACGUCUUCGGAGUUCUCGCACUGCAG